AUGGCCGCACGAAACGCAGCCCUCAAGCUCGACUGGGCCAAAGUCACCACCUCGCUGGGACUGCGCGGCCAGACCGUUGCCUCCCUGCAGGCCUUCAAGAAGCGCAACGAUGACGCCCGCCGCAAGCUGAUGAUGCUGUCGGAGCAGCCGACAACGGUCGAUUUCGCCCACUACCGGGGCGUGCUCAAGAACCAGGCCGUCGUCGACGAGAUCGAGAAGCGCUUCAAGGCCUUCAAGCCCGCCACCUACGACGUCGACCGCCAGCUCAAGGCCAUCGACGCCUUCGAGGUCGAGGCCAUCCGCAACGCCGAGGCCACCAAGGAGAAGGUCGACCUGGAGCUCAAGGACCUGGAGAAGACGCUGAAGAACAUUGAGGAUGCCAGGCCAUUCGAGGACCUCACUGUUGACGAGGUCGCUGCUGCCGAGCCUUCCAUCGACGAGAAGACCGCCAAGCUCGUGUCCAAGGGCCGCUGGUCCGUUCCCGGCUACAAGGAGAAGUUUGGCGAUCUGUCCGUCCUAUAG